GUUGACGUCAUAAUUCCGCGCCGGUGUGUGCAGGGAUUCGGCGAGAGUUUAUUAUUCUCAUCAUCCUAAACAUGGUGACGCGUGCUAACAAAUAGAGAAAUUUAAGGUGGAACAACAGAUCAGUGUGACAUAAUAUUACAAACAUGGAGUUUAUUAAAGAAGAGAAUGAAGAAAUGGUAAUUCCAGAUCCAUGCAGAGUGAAAGAAGAAAAUACUGAGGAGAAAAUAGACCUGGUGCCGCUGAAAGAGGAAAGUCAAGAAAUGAAUGAAGUGGAGGAGAAACAUCAUGAUUUCACCAGUGGAGAAAAAUCCUUUAGAUGCACGGAGACAGAAAAGAAUUCCUCCCAAAAACAAAAAAGAACUCUGAAAACAAGAUCUAAAAGUAGUUUCACUUGCUCUCAGUGUGGAAAGUGUUUCUUGCGUAAAGGACACCUUCAUAGCCACAUGAGAAUUCAUAGUGGCGAGAGCCCAUUCACCUGUCAGCAGUGCGGAAAGAGUUUUAAACAAAAAGGAAACCUUAAAAGCCACAUGCGAAUUCACACCGGCGAGAGCCCUUUCACAUGCCAACAGUGUGGAAAACGUUUCACUCAGAAAGGAAACCUUAAAAGCCACAUGAGAACUCACACCGGCGAGAGCCCUUUCACCUGCAAAAAUUGUGGAAAGAGCUUCUCACUGAAAGGAAACCUUAAUCAACACAUGAAAAUCCAUUCUGGAGAGAAGCCUUUCGCAUGCCCUCAGUGUGGAAAAGGUUUCUCACAGAAACAAUCCCUUAAUUGCCACAUAAGAAUUCACUCUAGAGAUAACCGUUUUAUAUGCCAUAAGUGUGGGAUGAGUUUCACAGACAUGGAACACCUUAACAGACACGUAAUAACUCACACCGGAGAAAAGCCUUUCAAAUGCCAGCAGUGUGGAAGCAGGUUCAGAUUAAAUAAAAACCUUAAGAGUCACAUGAGAGUCCACACCGGAGAAAAGCCUUACACGUGCAAUCACUGCGGAAAGAGUUACGCUCAAAAAGGAAACCUUAAUGUUCACGUCCGACUUCACACUGGAGAGCGACCGUUCGUUUGCCCUCAGUGUGGAAAGGGUUUCACACAUAAAGGAAAUCUUAAGAGUCACAUAAGAUUUCACACUCGGGAGACGCCUUACACGUGUCUUCAGUGUGGAAAGAGUUUCGCUUAUCAGAGAGACCUGAAAAUUCAUUUGCAUAUUCAUUCUGAGUUCGUUCUGCAGUGUUCGGAGUGUGGCAAGAGGUUUGCAGACAAGAUCAACUUCUUAAAUCAUCUGCGCAUUCACCCCGCAGAAAGGCUGUUUAACUGCGAUCACUGCAAUAAAAAGUUUCUUUUUCAGUCCCACUUAGAGAUACAUAUGAGAAGCCACACUGGCGAGAGAACUUAUUUGUGUUCUUUGUGCGGAAAGGAUUUUAAAUGGCUUGGCAAUUUGAAAUCACACCAGAAAAUGCAUGCUGGUGUGAAUGCUUGUGCCAGAGCGAGCCACUUGAAACAGCAGCAACAAACCCAUACCGGAGAAAAAACAGACAAGGAUUCCAAUAUUGCAAAGUCUUUGACUACUUCAGAAACGUCAAAAACAGAAGGGGUGCAUCCUGGAGAGAAGCUAUACAGCUGCGCUUCAUGUGGGAUGAACUUCAGCACAACAAUUUAUCUGCUGGCUCAUAAGAAAAGGCACUGUCUGAAGUAGGCAUAAAUAGCAAAGCUCGUCUUCAGGUGAACGGAGUUAAACUAAGACGCACCGAAAGAUGGAAUUUCUCCCAAAAGUCAUUUGAUGCAAGUUCUACGGAGGAAGAGGUCAAAAUAUGUUUAAUAAACGUUUUCUUACUGUGCAGUACCACAA